AUGCAUAGGUACACGAAAAUAUUUAAACGCAAUUGGGAACGGGGAAACUGGCCAACCACUUGUGCAAUCAAAACGGGCAGGUACACACAAAUAUCUAUAGGCAAUUGGGAACAGGGAAAAUGGCCAACCACCUAUGCAUUCAAAUCGGGCAAGUGGUUGGGGAAAUCAUGGUCGAACAACUGUGUACUAAGCACAAGUACAUGCAAAUAUCUAAAGGCAAUUGGGAACGGGGAAACUUUCGAACCACCUGGGGAAAUCAUUGUCGUGCACCUAUGUACUAAGCACGGGUAUAUGCAAAUAUCUAAAGGCAACAAGGAACGAGGAAACUGGCCAACCACCUAUGCAAUCAAAUCGGGCAGGUACAAGCAAAUAUAUAAAGGCAAGUGGCUGGGGAAAUCAUGGUCGAACAACUGUGUACUAAGUACAGGUACAAACAAAUAUCUAAAGGCAACUGGGAAUGAGGAAAUUGGCCAACCACCUGUCCAGUCAAAUCAGGCAGGUGGCUGGGGAAAUCAUGGUCAGACAACUAACUAUGCUCUAAGCAUUGGUACACGAAAAUAUUUAAAGGCAACUAAGAACGGGGAAAUUGGCCAGCCACUUGGGCUGUACACGCAAUAUCUAAAGGCAAUUGGAAACAGGGAAACUAGCCAACCACCUGUGCAGUCAAAUAGUGCAGGUGGCGGGGGAAAUCUUGGUUGGACAACUGACUAUGCUCUAAGCACAGGUACACGAAAAUAUUUCAAGGCAACUGAGAACAGGGAAACUGGCCAAACACCUGUGUAG